AUGCCCACCGUCUUACUGCCCUCGUCGGCAGCCGCAUUUGCCCCGCGGUCAUCGCCAAAUGUGGUGCUCAACGCCCGCAUCGAACCGUGGCUCACGGCCACCUUGAAACGGGUCAACCGAGUCAAACGCCCGCUGAACAAUGUCACACAGCAUACUAGAUGUCUGACCGAGACGCUGUCCUCGCCCAACGCUAUCUGGACGCUGUGUUCGAUGGUGUUCCCCAAGGCUCCCGAGGCCGAACUUCGCAAGGAUGACAACCCUCUGGUGGAGGGCCUCUUCAACUAUCAAAUGAUCCACAUCGAUGCCUACGUCGUCCAUGUGGAUAUGGUGUCGCAGAACGAAAUCGCCUUCAAGCUAACCCCGGAAACCAUUGAGGCGCUCGUUGAUUAUCACAAGGAUGUCUACUCCGUCGAUGCCGCAGCGAAAACCUGGGACUGGUCCGACAAGGAAACCCAACUGAAGAAGCUACAGGAGGAGUUUGUCCAAGCUGCCAACAAGUUUGUCUAUCGCACAAGCGUCCUUGCCCUCGAAGGGCUCGAGGAGGAUGGGGCGGGUGAACUUCUGGCCGGCCGCAGUGAGGAAGCCAAAGUGGCCAUAUCCAACUUGUUCGUCCCCCUGCAGCCACCGCCUCCGCGGGUUGUCGACGUGCUUCGCUCGGUGCCUUAUCUGCCCAGCUCAACGGGUCCCGGACCCUGGUGGCAGGAUUCGAUGCAUCAGCCCCUUCCGAUGGACCCCUGGAAGAUCCUGCCGUCCAGUCCAGCCACGGCUACGACCGGGGAUGUGAAUCCGGGUCUUUGGGCUCACAUGAGCGGCAUGGAGGAUGCGCAGCUGACCUCUCCACCGGCGUCGACAUUCAGUCCACCGUAUACGACGGCGCCGCCGUACAGCGCGGCGCAGUACUACGGUGUGGCGGCGACCUCGGCGGCUCUUGCAGCUCUCCCACUGCCGAGCAUGCUCUGCAGCACGGCAGCAAACAUGACAGGGUUUGGAUGGGGGGAUCGAUACCAGGAUUUCUCAUCGCUUUCGCUUCCCUACGGGACAAUAAUGUAA